GAGGAACUGCAGCUCGACUGGUCUUUUUUUUUGCAACAUUUGCAUUUGAACUGAAUUCAGCAUUGCCUAAAACGUGGUGGGGAUUUUGACUUCUGGCUGAAUGAAUGAAUGCCAACUUUACAAACUGCAGUGUAGAAAGCAAUGAGUUAGAAAUUAACACAUCUCACAUUUGAAGGUGUUGAUGUUAUUAUUAGUCUGGGAAAAGUACGAGCGACGAGAAGCUGCAUGGAGCUGUCAUGUGGCCGUAAAUCGUCGCGUUUGACGGCAGCGGGUGCUGUGAACCUUGCGGUGAUAAUCGUGCUGUGCUUGGAGUCGGUCUGUUUUGGAUGCAGCCAACCCGGUGGUCAACGGCUAAAGUCUCCCUUCGUUGUUGUUCCUAACUUUCCCAUGGAUUGCUCUUGGAAUUACACUGAUGUGGACCGCAUCCCUGCCAGACAGUUUUGUCAGAUGACGGAGGGUGACGGAGCACAUUGUGAGAAUCCAUUUGCACCACCGGCUGAUGUCGACGAUAGACCCGGAAAAGCAACAAAUGUUGACGUACAAGACGUCACUAAAGCCAUCGACUGUUCACCAGACCACGACGAAGAAUGCAGAGAGUCUUCUUGUGUGAAUAUUAAGUACAACAUUGAAGCGCAAACUGCUUCCAGAACCAAAGGCAUACAACUAUCAUUGGUAUCUCUGACGUACGGAGAAAUCUUAUGCAAGUUCUGUUUUAAUUUGAACUUCAGCUCAAAUGGAAUAGAAUAUUUUGCCGUUCUGGAAAAUAAUAGGGUUGAUAAAAUUCAGUUUUCCUUCACACUAUUAUGUGGCUUGAGACCAGGUGGAAGGUACAGUGUGUCUGUACGGACCAUGCCAGUGGAUAAUAUCAAACAAAAUCCUUACGAAACAAAAGUUACCAAAUUUCAUGAUGUUCCAGGGUGUGAUAAUCCCGGUAAAGAAAACGACGCUCGUUGUGAAAACGAUCGAAGAGCUCGUUGGGGACCAAAGUGUAUACUAAUGAAACAAAGGACCGAUGUGGGCGACUACGACACCUUGGAAAUUUCCUUCCCUUUGGCUCCAGCUAGCUUUCAGUUCGAGCUCUACAAAAUCUUCAUAUACCACAAUGACCUUGUUGACUCCAUCGAAAUCAAACCGGAGUCUGUAUCCACCUCGAAUCAAACAUGUCCCGAUAUGAACGGGACAAUAACGGCAUUUGCUACAGCACGAUUUAACACCAAAACAAGCUACAGAAACAUGAUAUGGCCACUGCAAUUGCAGGAUGGGUACGAAGUACAUGUGCUUCCAAUGACUUGCCUGAAUGAAAAAGGAGACGAAAUUGAUUGCAGAAGAACCCAAAAAACAUUAAUACCUUUGAUUGAAAAUCCAUGCAAAGGUUUCCCAUGUGGAAUAAAUGGCACAUGUGUACCCGAUGGGGCAACUUCCAAAUGUGACUGUCUUCCAGGCUACGUCGAGUGGGAUAGAACAUGCAAAGCGGAUCCAUGUUGGAUAAACGAAGAGAACACGACAAUCUGUGGUAUCUAUGGAGAAUGUGUGAGACACGGGGCACUGCAACCAGGGACCGCUGCUACGGUCAUACUUCAGUCAAGCUGUAUCUGUCAGGCUGGCUAUAAUACAAUCAAGGACAACGUGGAAUGCAAAAUGAAUCCUUGCAAGAGAUUUAAUGGUAACGUCACCAUGAAUCCAUGUGGAGAGGGCGUCUGCAUUGUACAAACCAACAAAGUGGACUACUACUGUGAAUGUGGAGAGAACCAUUUACAAGUCAACAAGACCUGCAUCAGAAAAACAAUUGUGUCCGGUAACAGAUUGAUUGUGAUAGCAGUUAGUGUAACAGCGGCAAUUUGCACAUUGCUGUUGUUGUCGGUGGUUUUAUAUUGCAUAUACCGACAACGUCGACUCCCACCAAAAAACUACAUUGAGGUGAACACUAAGACGCCACCACCACCACCACCACCACCAGUAAGCGCUGAUGAGUUACAAGAAUUCGGAAGUGUCUUUGAGAGGGUUCGCCUGCUUCCAAUCUACUCCGACGAUCACCCCUUACACCGUGACGUUGUCCUGAGCUUCUGCCGAUUCCUACAGAGGCACUGCCAGUGCAACGUCUCCCUGAUGGAAUGGGAGAAGUCUAUUGGUCCGACCGUUCAAAUGUGGCUGACCAAUCAGAUCGAAGAAGCCGAUAUUGUGCUGUUGAUAUGCUCAAAGGGGACUGGACUUAAAUACAUAGCCAAAGCCAAACAAGAGAAGACCCCCAUGGAGUCAGUUGGCGUGUACGGCGAUAUGUUUGUCAAGGCGCUGGUCCCGCUGGAAGAUUAUUUCAACCGCGAGAAUGCCUGCGAUAAAUUUGUCGUCGGGUACUUUGACUACUCCAGUGAGAACGGGAUACCAGUUGCUUUUAAACACUUUGGGAGGUACAGCCUCAUGAAGUCUAUGGAGGAACUCUACCUGCGCAUCCACGGUGAAGCAAAAGAAAGCACUCAUUCAAGCCUUGGGGUGGAGGCCCUACGCGGGUCCAACUACGCCCAACUGGAAACGGGCAAGGCGCUACACGAAGCCAUCAAAGCUAUGAGAGAGCUGGUCAAGUCAGACCGAAACUGGUACGACAAUGAGAAUAAAUGGAAAGGGUCCAGCCUGUUGACUACGGGAGAUAGUGGAUACCCAUGUUCGGGUGAACAGGAUAGUGGAGCUUAUUCUCGCAGCCACAGUGUGGAUGAACCUCGAGCACCUUUAGGGUUCUUUCAGGAUACCGGGACGACAUCCAGCGGACAGGGCAGUCUAGACUUUGAGGAGUCUUUAAGACGGAUCUCAAACACUGCAGUAGGUUCGUUGAAUGAUCCUCAUCAACUGAUGGCAUCGAGUAGUCUACCUCCUGAGUUUUCUUUUUUAGGGGAUGAACUUUAUCAUAGCCACCCAUGGGGUCAGUUAGAUUCUCAAGUAUAAUAAAGAAAUAAAAAAAUCUUUUUGUGUCCAAAGCGCCAAAAUGGUCGCUUUCCAAUUUGUCCCCCAGUGUUUUGUUGGUUUUGUAUGAGAGAGAUUGGCUGUUGCCAGCUUGGCUGAGUUCCCUUGAAGGGAAAAUCAUUUAACUUCAAACAAACAGACAAACAAUCAAUCCCGGCAGUGGUUGUGCAGGAUCCUUAAAAAAAAAGAGAUUUUUAAAACAUUAUUUGUACUUGUUUGUACGUAUGGGUGUCCUGUGGUUCCACUGUAUGCUUACCAAAAUUGUCCUCUUAAAGGCAGUGGACACUAUUGGUAAUUGCUCAAAAUAGU